UAUGUUGGUUUGCAUUCCUGGUUAGAUUUUGUGUGUCUAUGAGAGCAGGCUGUCUUCGAACGCGGUCGGGGACGGACGCCUUGCGGUUGGGUUCAGAAAAUGAGUGCUCUUGAUCCAUACAACAAUUAGGACGGCAGGAUGGGUGCGGCGUCAGGUGGCGGGGAGUGGCGUUCGCGUAUCGCAGCCCUGCGAGAGUCCCGCAAGCUGGUGCUGGUCAUCGUGGCCAUCGCGCUCUUGCUUGACAACAUGCUGCUCACCACCGUCGUGCCGAUAAUCCCGGAGUUCCUGUACGACAUCCGCCACCCAGACGCUCCGCUCUCCGUGGCGAUCGAGGACCUAACAACGCCACCACCGCCGACCACUCCCUACUGUCCCUGUCUCAAUGUCACCAGCUCCAUAGAGAACAUUACUCAAGUGAACAUCACAGCGGAGAGGGAAGUACGGCACCAGGAGUUGAUUCACGAGACGGUGGCAGUCGGAGUAAUGUUCGCGAGCAAGGCUAUCGUGCAACUGCUGGCGAACCCCUUCGUUGGACCCUUGACUCAUAAGAUCGGCUACAGCGUCCCCAUGUUCACUGGAUUCGUCUUAAUGUUUCUGUCAACGCUGAUAUUCGCAUUCGGACGGUCGUACGGCGUUUUGUUCGUGGCUCGUGCGCUGCAGGGCAUCGGCUCCUCGUGUUCUUCUGUGUCAGGGAUGGGCAUGCUGGCUGAACGGUACCCGGACGAUAAGGAACGCGGGAAUGCUAUGGGUAUCGCGUUGGGGGGCUUGGCUCUUGGUGUUCUCAUCGGGCCCCCUUUCGGAGGUCUGAUGUACGAGUUUGUCGGUAAAACUGCCCCCUUCCUGAUGCUGUCUGCGCUGGCUUUGGGCGACGGAUUACUUCAGCUGAUGAUCCUUCAGCCAGGAGUAGUUCGCCAGGAGUCUGAUCCUCCGUCGCUGAAGGCUCUUAUCACCGAUCCCUACAUCAUUGUCGCUGCUGGUGCUAUUACGUUCGCCAACGUGGGCAUCGCGAUGCUGGAACCCAGUCUCCCGAUCUGGAUGGCGGACACCAUGGAGGCCAGAAGGUGGCAGCAGGGAGUCGCCUUCCUGCCCGCCAGCAUCUGUUAUCUGAUCGGUACCAACCUGUUUGGGCCUCUGGGUCACAAGAUGGGACGCUGGCUCGCCGCUUGUUCCGGACUAAUUAUCAUUGGACUGUGUCUUAUUUUGAUCCCGAUGGCCCGUAAGAUGGAACACCUGAUUAUCCCGAACGCUGGCCUGGGCUUCGCCAUCGGCAUGGUGGACUCGUCCAUGAUGCCGGAGCUGGGGUACCUCGUGGACAUCCGCCACUCCGCGGUCUACGGCUCUGUGUACGCCAUCGGUGAUACCGCCUUCUGUCUUGGAUAUGCUGUUGGUCCGGCAUUUUCUGGAGCCCUGGUGAACUCCAUCGGGUUCGAGUGGAUGUUGGUGAUGAUUGCGUUGAUGAACUUCGCAUACGCACCAGUGCUGUUGAUGCUGAGGUCUCCGCCAGCUCGAGAUGAGAAACAGAGUUUGAUCGUCGGCGAAAAGCCGUCAGUCCGCUACGUGAGCUACCAGAACGAGGAAGAGGAAUAAACGCGCCAGGCGCCAUUUUGUGAACGCCACCAUCUUGAAACCCGCCCGAUUUAUUUUUAACUGUCAGAGGUAUGAAAGUUGCUAGUUUUAAAAACAUUGUAGACGUCGAAGCUAUAUAAAUUAUAUUUAGAAAAUAUUUUAUGAAUAUACAUACAUACUCGUAUAAUUAGAGACAAUAUGGUAUUUACAGUAGUUUCGUAUAUUUAAACAUAUUUAUGAGGCAUAUUAGAUUUGUGACCAAUUUUCUGAUUUUCUUAGUAAUGGCAAUAUUCUAUAUAAAUGCUAUUAUAUAGCGCUAUAUAUAGCGCUUUUAAUAAGUAAUAUACUUUUUUAGGGCUUAUGUAUUGUGUGAUAAUGAUAUAUAAUGAUUAAUAAUAUUUGUAUUGUGAAUGUUUUAAUUUUGUUUGUGUGACGUUGACAAUAUUUUUUUAUUAUAAUUAUUUAUUACUCAGUGUUUUUACAAUUACUUUAUUUCACUCGUAUUUUAGACAAUAAUUUUAAACAUAAGCAGAAGAGUACCAAUUAUGGACCAAUAUUUAAGAAUAAUUUUUCAUAUCUUUCUCAUAUUUUAUUGCAUUAAAAGUUAUAUUUAUAAUCGUACAAUUUAUUCAAUAUUUUGUCAAAUAUGAAUGAAUUUAUUAGUUUAAUAAGAUGUUUACAUAUUUACUCGUACAUAAUAUAAUUAAUAAUUAUUAUAAAUGGUAGGAAUCCUUCAUUAUAUCAUUAAAGUGUUAGUGGGAUAUAUACUGUAGUAGGUACUUAUUAUACAUAUAUAUCUAGUAAUUGUAUGUCAGCUUCGAAAUUUCUCCUCCUACAACUUUUUCAUAUAGAUCCAGUUAUAAAUGAUUGUUUAAUAUCAGCAACGAAAUUAGUGUGAAAUUAAAAAUAAAUUAAUUAUUAUUAAUUAAUUAUUUUAACUCAUGACAAUAGAUAGGUAUCUAUUAAAGUUACCUGCUUCAAACACCACUCGCAAAGUUUAAUCACAACGCUAUCACAUAAAUUCAUUUUGUUUUAAUGCUGAAUCAAUGCAUAUCAAUGUUUCACAAAAUAUCAUUUUCAUAUCCAUCGUGAACCACCACAGUUCUGUGGUGGUUCACGAUAACCACGUUCCGUGUUACCAACAGGCAAAAUAAAGUACAUAUUAUAUACAUACAUAUAACUUUCCACUUCUAUAUGGCUGUAGUAGUGAAAGGUUUACAUUUUCAUCAAAAUCAUAACAAUAUCAGAUUACAUUAUUAAUAAGCUUUUAUUCUUCACCAUUAUUAAAAAAAUGAAGUAAGUAGAUAAUGGUUCUAUAAUCACGUAAUCUUCCACAAUAAGUAGAAAACAUUGCAUGAUUUGUGUAGAUGUUCGAUAAAUAUUUUUAAUAACAUUUAGGAAUUCAUUCGUAUUUGAUGAACUUUAAUCCCAAUAUUAUUGAAAAGAGCGUGUUGCACACAAUAUCAGGAACGCUUGCUUGAAGUAGACAACCAAUCAGCACUCUUGAACAUGACGUGCGACUUCCAGCGUGCUGAUUGGUAGAUUAGUCUUACAAUAGCUGGAUUGGGUCCUUUGACACUUUGAAGUAUAUUCUGUAGUACGUCAUUUUAAUCUGUAUUUUUGGAUAAGUAGGGUUAGUAUUUUAAGGAAAGCGAAAUGCUCGAAAGUGUAUGGUAGUAAUAAUUAAAAUUUGUAUUUUUUAGGAUAAAAAUCUAGAUUUUUCUGACUAUAUUGUGAUAGUUUUAGUAUUUUGAGGCUUUUAAUCAUAGUGCCAUCAAUAUUUACUAGUAUUACUUACUGAAUGCUUGAGAAAUGUACAAGUGUUAAACGUAGUUAAUAUACUAUAAUUCAUAUUGGUAGCUAUAUUUAAUAUGGUAUAUAUAUUUAACAAUGCUUAUUAGAUCCAAAUAUUUUAAUGAAAUAUAUAUUAUGAUAUUAUAUAAAUGUUGGUAUUUGAUAUUUAUUUUUAAAACAAUAUUUAUUAUAAUUAUGUUGUUUUUAUUUAUUAAUGAGGUGAACUGCUACUGUUAGUUAAAAUUAAAAGGUUG